AUGCUGAGCUGGGCACAGGUGCCGACCUGCGCUGGGGCUAUGGAAGGGGAAAGGAACAACACAAGGCGUGUGGCUGCCGUGUCCGACGAGAAGACCCCACGCCAUCAACCGGUAGAAGGUGAGCACGUGCUUGACCAGGUGGCCAGUGACGCUCCGAUCAUCGUGGAAGACCCGGACGACUGCGCAGUGGUGGUCGCCGCCGGCCACGACCCCAGCGCCAGCGCGGUCCACGUGUACGACUACUUCGUGGUCUACAGCUCCACCUACCAGGUCCCCGUACUCUACUUCCAGGCCUCCCACCUCGACGGUCGGAUGCUGACGUGGGAGGAGGUGUGGGCCGACGUGCCCUCGCACCACCGAGACGAAGACAUGCGAUGGAACUUCAUCACCCAGCAGGAGCAUCCAGUGACGGGGGUGCCGUGCUACCACAUCCACCCGUGCGAGACGAAGGCCCUCAUGACCAGCCUCACAGCUGACGCCUCCACCCCCAGCCCAAGCAGCAGCAACUACCUCAUGGCGUGGCUGUCGGCCGUGGGACCCGUCGUGGGCCUCCACCUGCCGCUCACCGCCUGGCUGUCGCCCGCCUCUACCAAUGCACCACCCUACCAUAAUUAA